UUUAUUCGAUAUUUAUUUUCUAAAAAUAAAUACGCUGUUUUCAGAAAAUCAAGUGUAUAAAUAGCAUGUGAGGGACUUCUCAAAAGUGAAAUAAACAACAUAUGAGGUUAAAGCUAUUUACAUUGUUAUUGAAUUAAUUAAAUUCAUUUGCUUUAUCUGUAUUUAAAGUUCUGUUUCGCUUAAACAGCACAAAUGUUGAGACUGUUCUAAUGUUUUAUACUAUUAGAAAUACCCAAUAGCCGGAACAAGUAUUAUGUAAUACAUUAGACAUUAUUUUCACACGUCCGUUUUAGCCGACCCCUAAAGCCUACAACGGCAAAUUGAGCAACGGAGCGACGGAUUACAGCUGUUUAAAUGCAAAUCUGAAUUUGUGUCUGUACAAGCGAAAGGGAACUUACAUUUAGAUUUGUAAGCCCAAAUAAUUUAACAACUGACAACGACGACCAAGCUGAAACUGCAUAAAGCGCGGUAACAGAACUAAACAAAAUGUCGGAUGAGGUUGGUGAUAACGGUGAAUUGAUUGGGAUAUUUGAAAAACCGAUGAAUGUACAAAAUGACAAUGAUGACCAUGAUGCAGUUGUAAACGACACGAUGGACCUAGAGCAAAGUCAAGAAGAGGCUGACAAGACUGGUCUGUCUAUGGAAUCAAUGAAGAUAUCUGAGAAACAGAUGGAAUUAAAAGCUCCCGAGUGUGGUUAUCUUGAAGCCGUAGAAGGCGGCGCAGAAAAUGACCAAGAAAAUCUUUCAGAAACAGCUAAUAUACCCAUGGAAUCAAUUGAGAUAUUUGAGAAACCGGCUGAAUUAAAAGCUGAUAGUGUUGGUCAUAUUGAAGUUUUGGAAAACACAGUCAAUGACUUAGAGAAAAUGUCAGACGAGUUUGGCAAAAAUCGGGAAUCGUUGGAAAUCUUUGAGAAACCAAUAGAGUUAAUUUCUGCAAAGGACGGUAAUUUCAAAAUUGUAGAAGAUACAGUUAGGAACCUAGAAAAAAUUGAGUCUCCAUUAAAUGUUGUUGCAAUAGCAGGUCUGUACAGAACAGGAAAAUCAUAUCUGAUGAAUCGUUUGGCCGGCAAGACAAAUGGAUUUAUUCUUGGAAGUUCAAUAGAAUCAACAACGAAAGGUAUAUGGGCUUGGUGUAAAAAGCAUCCAACAAAAAAAUCUCAAGUUUUACUGCUGUUGGAUACUGAAGGUCUAGGAGAUGUUAAAAAGGGGAGCAUCGAUCAUGACAACAAAAUAUUCACCAUUGUCACUCUCCUUAGUAGCACACUCGUAUAUAACACGAUGUCUGCCUUUAACCAAGAUGCAAUUGAGAAACUUACAUAUAUUACUAUGUUGUCAAAGAACAUGAAAGUUACGUCAAGCAGUUCUUCAGAUGAACGGCUUGAUUGUAUAAUGCCACAAUUUGUGCUGUGUUUGCGGGAUUUUAAUCUAGAGCUACGCAUUGAUGGUAAAGAGAUCACCGAGGAUGAAUACCUAGAAGACUGCCUCAAAACCAAAGAGGUAGAAACGCCAGAAGAUGAGAAGUAUAACCGACCCAGAGAGUGCAUUAAAAAGUACUUCACACGUAGGAAGGUGUUCACAUUCGACAGACCAGCAGGAAGAAGUGUCAUGAGACGCUUAGACACAGCUCAAGACGAAGACCUUAACGAGGAGUUUAUCCAAGAAACAGAGCGGUUCAUGUCCUAUGUAUAUGACUGCCCUGAGAAAGUUCUUCUUAACAAAUUGCCAGUCUCAGGCAGUAUGUUAGCAAAACUUCUCCGUGUUUACGUACAUGCAAUAAACGAAGGAAGUGUUCCAUGUGUUGAGGAUGCAAUGGUGACAAUGUCAAGACUAGAAAACGAGCGACAUACAAAGAAUGCCGUGGAAGAAUACAAAGCGCUGAUUAAACAAAUACAACUUCCAGUCUUUGACAAAAAGAAACUUCAGCAAUCGAAUUUGGAAUACCAAGAAGACACGUUAUCAAAAUUGCAUUCUAAACUAUUGUUUGAUACAGAUAAUAAGAUGGAAAAAGCUACAAAGGCUGAAAUGCAAACACUAUAUGAACAAAUCGACCAGCAAAACGGAGACCUUUUAUAUGAAAAUUGCAUUGCUAAGAUCCAUGAAAUGCAUAAAAAAAUUGUCAAGACUAACAUGAAGAAGGGAAAGUAUGCGGUCGCAGGAGGACAUACAAUCUACAACUCUGACAUGCAUGAACUAUUUGAGGAGUAUAACAGAGAUCUCAAAAUUAUUGAUUUAGCUGUGAGACAAAGAGCUCAAAACGAGUUUGAAAACGAAAUGAUUCCCGAAAGCAAAACGAUCAUGGAGGAAGAUAAGAUGUAUUCGGGGAAGGCGAUGAAAGAAUCAGUCGCAAUAAAAGUAGAGACCAUUAAACAGGAUUUCAUGAAAACACAAGAAGAACAACACAAAACGUUUAUGGCUGAACUUGACCGCCAAAACACACGACAUAAAAACGAAAUGGAAAACAUUCGAAAAGUUGAAAGAGAAAGAGAGGAAAGAAAACUAGAAAAAUACAAAGAAGAAGCUGCGGAAAUGCGUAGAAAGGUUGCUGAGUUAGAGGCUAAUGAAAGAUUACGUCGUCAACAAGAAGCAGAGAAACAAAGAUAUAAAAUGUUGGCUAGACAAUGGGCGGCUGCGGAAGUAGAAAGCACGAGGCGGUCUCAAGAAAAGCGGUGUAUAUUAUCUUAAAUAUUUGAAAUUUGAUGAUGCACACUAUUUCUAUCUUCUUAUUCAUUUAUUCUUCAUGUGUAUUUCUUUCAUUUUUUAUCAACGAGAACAACUUUGAUUGAAAUUAAUCAACAUUGUGUAUUAAGUUAGACGAUUAUCUCAUUUUAAGUUGUACUUAAGGAAACAGGUUUGAUACACAAGGUAAAGUAAGUAAUAUUGUUAUAGUACAUUUUACUGUAGAAAUUCUAAUUGUUACACAAGCAUUUGAUUAUGCCUCCCACGUAUAGUGCGAGAAACAUAUGGAUUUAGUGCUGUACGUCUGUCUGUUAGUCUGUUUGUCACAACGUGUGUCCACGCAACCCCUCCGAUACAACCGAAGGGAUUUAUUACAUACUUCAAAAGAGUCGCUUUUACAAUGCUUAAGCCGAUGCUAGGAGGCGUGAGAGGAUUUUUGCACAUUUUAUUACCUCCCAUGAACAGACGCAAUCAAACCGAGUCUGCUAUUGUUCAUUUUUGGUUGCAAUCUAUGCUUCCAAAGGAUAUUUUUACAGAUUUUAUUGGUUGUUUAUAUUAUCGGCAUUUCCUGGUUUGAUCAUUUUCAGCGGAGUUAUGACCCUUGAUUCGUCUAAUUUUAUAAUGUUUUAACCACUUCUUUUAUAUUAUUAAGUGUAUUUCCAUCAAACCUUACAGGGGUGACCAUACAUUAUGCCUUUUGCGGCAGUCUUAGAUUCGAUGACGUUGUCGGAGUUAUGGUCUUUGAUUCACCAAAGUUUAUGGUGUUUUGGCCACUUGUAUUAUCGGGAGGCCUUCCACCAACUCUUACAUCAGUGAUCAGUGCUAAGCCUUGGGCUAGUAAUAUACAUUAUUGGCAUAUUCCGGUUUAGUGAUUCGUUAUGGGGUUAUGACCCUUAAUUUGACUUAUUUUACCUUAUCCGGGCAACUGCUCCGAUACCACCAGGAUGAAUUACAUAAAACUUCAUAAAAGUGAUUAUUGCCAAGCCUAGUUGUGUAUAUCGUGGUCAUGCCCCUUAAUGAAUCAAUUGAUAUCAUGUUUUAGACACUUCUCUUAUAUAAUAUGGUAGAUUUUAAUAAAACGUUACAGGAGUAAUCAGUGUAAGGUCUUAUUAUGCUUAGUAUCGGCAUGUUCCAAGUCAGUAUUUUUCAGGGGAGUUCUGGUCUUUUAUAAUUUUAUGAUAAAAAUUGGCAACUUCUCUUUGGCUGAGUUUCUCCCAAAAGCUCACGAGUGAUUAAUGUGAAGCACAGUUUUGGAUAUUAUCACCAUGUUCUGAUUAAAUGAUUUUCAGCGUAGUCAUACCUAUUGAUUUAUCAAAUUCUUCUAUACUACACUAAACUUUAUAGGAGUUAUCACUAGCAAGCCUAAUUGUGUACAUUGUUGGAAUAUUAUUGCCCUUAAUUUUUGGCUUUUCACAAUGUCUGCAUGGUAAGUGGUUGGAGACAUACGUUUCAUACAAAAACAUUUUUACAACAGGAAAAUCAAAUCGAAAAGACGGGAAUAAAUAUUUAUCGAGGUUUAUACGACCUUACCAACCUUAAAGUCACUCGCUACAGUUUUUCCGGACGGGUCGAUAUUUACCCCAAAACCGUGCCAAUUUGGUUGUGUUUCUAAUCGAUGUAGCUUACUACAGAGGUGGAGCGGACUUCUGCGUAUGCCCGGAAGUGAUUAUCUAAUGUCGCGUACGGCAAAAAUUCGCAGAUUAUUGUAUGUUCGCAUGCAUGUAAAAUAUGUAUAAUAUACUGACUAAAUGUUAGGGUAAGUAUCACCAUGGUUACAAAAUAUAUACAUUUAAAGUA